AAACCACUGUCAUGGCGAAUGUCAACCGACAAAACUUUUUGACGUUUCAAACUUUUUUAAACGGAUAUGCCUCUCACAAUACUGACAUCUUGUUUUCAGGCGUUUCAUCGUAGACUUUUUAAUACCGUAUCGGACAUCAGAUGAACGGAACACAAACGGCGAUCGUCAAGAUGUAAAUAUUUCUCCGUGCUAACUUUGACCGGUGCAAAGAUGCAUCGCUGGUAACUAACGGUAGUUAAGCUAGUCACUUUGAACAAGUUAGCUAGCUAGUUAGCUAAACUUGGAGUUUCAAACGUACACAAACUGACUAUAACUCAUUAAAGUACUCGUUUUUGGCUUUGGAUAGUUUUACGUCAAAAUGUGUCGCUUCCUCCGCUACUGUGUCAGCCACUGCCUUCAUGCAGCGAUGACCCGGCUGGAGGAGGUUAACGGAGAGGUGAGCAUGUGGUCGUCUGUCCGGUGGCUGGGCUACCUGUCCGGUCUCAACCUGCUGGUCGCCCUGUGUUUGGGGCUCUACACCCGGUGGGAGAAGACCGCAGAGACCACUCUUCUUGUUAUUUUCGUUUUGGCUCUAAUUGUCCUCGGGAUAGCAAGUAUAGUGUACUAUUACUUCCGUAUGGAAAGGGUGAGCCUCAGUCUCCUACACCUGUGGUUCGGGUUUUUGCUAGGAUUGCAGUGUUUCCUCAACAGUGCCGACCUGGAGCGUGACGUGAAGGAGCAGGCGGCCAACUACCUGCUGCUGGCCAGCGUGGCUCUGAGGACGCUGUGGGCGCUGCUGGAGAGACUGUUUGGAUGUGCCAAGUACCGUCCUGCCUUCCUCACCUCUGCGGAGCGGCUGGAGCUGGUGGGUUUUGCCACCGCCAGCACCGCGCUGCUCAUCCAGAAGUCACUCAGCGUGAUGGUUCUGGUGGUGGCGCUGGCCAUGGUCAUGAUCGCCCUCCGGAUGAAGGCUCUCCUGGCUCUUCCCAACUUGGUCUCCUUCGCUGUCAUCACCGCCAUGCUGUUCUUCAAGUCUCUGAACAUCAACAUCAACCCUUUCGCCCUCGCCUGCUUCCUAAGCCAGCUCAUCUGCGACCCUCUGCUGGAUGUCUACUUCAGUGGCUUGUCUGUGACCGAGCGGUGGCAGCCUUUCCUGGUGUGGCGGGGCCUGUGGCGCCGGCUGUCCCUUCUGCCUCUGCUGGUGGUAGAAGUGACCUUCAUCAUUCUGGCCUCUCAGAAGCUGAAAGACCUGGACCAGUGGUACCUGAUGAUCCCAAGCUUUGUGGUCUGCUUGCUCUUCUGGGCCAUCUGCCACACGGUGUUUGUCAUCACAGUGUGGGGCUUUCACACCAAGCUCAGUGAAUGCCAGAGGGUGUGCUUGUCUCAGGGGUCAGGUGUCAGUGGCCUGGACAAGGUUAUGGCCUCAAAGGGCAUGAGACAUUUCUGCCUCAUCUCUGAACGCCUGGUGCUUUUCUCGCUGGUUUCAACGGUUGCUGUUGCUGGUCUUUGUUGGCAGGCCUCCAGCAGUAUCUUUAUCAGUAUGUUUCUGCUCGUCCUGCCUCUGGAGUCUCUUUUCCACGGGCUUUUCCAUGAGCUGGGGAACAGCCUGGGAGGAACCUGUGUGGGCUACGCUGUGGUCAUCCCCACCAACUACUGCAGUCCUGACGGUCAGCCCAUGCUGCUGCCUCCAGACCAGGUGCAGGAGCUGAACAGACGCUCUACAGGCAUGUUGAACAACGUGCAGCGCUUCUUCGCCCACCAUCUGAUUGAGGCUUUUGGCUGCGACUAUUCCACGAGCGGCAUAACCCUGGACGCUCUGCAGGCCAAGAUCAAAUCCUUCUUGGAGCUUCGCACUGCAGAUGGGCCUCGCCAUGACACCUACGUCAUCUUCUACAGUGGUCACAGUCACCGCUCUGGAGAGUGGGCACUGGCAGGAGGAGACACUCUUCGCCUGGAUCAGAUCUUGGAGUGGUGGAGGGAGAAGAACGGCAGUUUCUGCUCGCGCCUCAUCUUGGUUCUUGACUGUGACAACUCCUUGGCGUGGGUGAAGGAGGUAAGAAGGGUUGAGGGUCUGUACGUGGCUGUGCAAGGAGCAACACUGACUCGAGUGACAGACAUUGAACUGCAGGACCCACCGCAGCUCGGAGACUUUACUUCUCAGUGGGUGGAGUAUAACUGCAACUCAAACAGCGACAUUCGUUGGUCUGAGAGAGGCAGGGCAGUUUGUGCUGCCUAUGGCAUCUCCAAAGAGUGGGGCGACUACAAGCUGCACCUGCCGACAGGAAGUGAUGUUACCAACCACUGGAGCAUUUACUUCCCUCGGAUAACCUACCCAGUGGUCCAGUUAGCACUGUGGUGUGGUGGUCUGAACGUGCUGUGGCUCUGCAGCGUCUGCCUGCAAUGUCUUAAGAGAAUCAAACUUAACUGGUUUCCACCAGCGAUAUUGGACACUGGCCAAGGUUUCAAACUGGUCAGAUCGUAGAAAUAUGAGCAAAAGCUACUUUUACUUUCAGAAUAUAUUGCUUGGACCUUGAAAAUAGGCAGCUAUUGAAUUGCUAACGCGACGCUAACCAGUAUUCUGUUAGUUACUAAAAAACGAAUCAUGUCGUUACUGAUAAGUGCAUUUUGAUAUGACUUUUAAGUACUUGUUUUUAUAUUUUUGCAAAUGUUUCUAUUGUGUUUCUAGCUUUGAUUCAGAGAACGUAACAUCCCUGUCGAAAACAUGUCAAUGUGUAGGAUGAGACUGAGCACAGUGACAGGAUUUUGCACAUUUUUGCAUUGUAAUAACUGUAAGAUCUGAUUCCACCUUGAUUUUGAGAAAAUUCCUGUUGUGCCUUAAACUGUAAAAACACCAAAGAACAUCCAGCUCCCUCCGCUGUUCUAAUGAGCCGUUAACCAAAGUGGCCAUGGUACAUUUUUAAAGGACCAUCUCAGGCAUAAAUCAUAUUUUAAGCAGUUUAGAGCAGUUUCUAGAGCUUGAAAUGUUGUACUGUUCUUGGAUUUUGAUUGUGAAAUGAUUCCUCUUACAGCCCUCUGUGCUACAAUAUGCAUUUAACUCUCCAAGUAUAUUCAGCGCACUGCUAUCUAUCUUUUGAAGCAGCGUUUUGUAAUGCUUUUGGGGGUGAUUUUAAAAAACUCCAGCUGCUUCAGAGAGUCCAGAAAGUUUUCUUUUUAAAAAUUGUAUGUACUAAUGAAUGCACUACACACAGAGAUGUGUGCAAACUACAGUAUUGAUGUAAUAAUAACCCCCAGGAAUUAAAUUAAUCACAUGAUGAGAGAUAUUUUUUUUCCUGGGGUUUAUCACAGUUUACUGGGCUGUGGAAGGUUUUUCAGGUCAAAGUUUGGUGAAACUAUGCAAUAAAGGAGAAGUGGGACUUCACUGCUCAAAUCAA